GCCCGAGAUGUGGCUCGAUUCAUGUUUCGGAAGUGUGCAGACACAAGAAAGCGACGUGCUACAAGUGCGGCAGGAAGGGACACCUGGCAAGGAUGUGCUCUAGUGGUCGCGCUAACCCCUCAGGCACGUACGCUGUGAAAGAGCUAGACGGCAGUGACGAAAGCGGAGAAGAAAUGCUCUACGCUUUGGUGACUCACAGCUACAGUAGUAACGAGUCCGCACGGCCAUUCGAAAGGGAUUUCAUCUGGGAAGGCCGAAAACUGCGCAUGUUGGUGGAUACAGGAUCCACUAUCAGCGUAAUUCCAAGGACGGUAUUCGAAAACCAUCGCGGAUGGUGGCCGACACUGGAGAAAACUUCACUGCGGCUGACAUGCUUCCUGGGGCCUCUACCGGUCCUUGGCCGAGUGGCCAUGAAAGUCGAAUGCGAUAAUACGCAAGUAGACAGCUCGCUGGUGGUAGUGGAUUGCGACGGGCCUCUGUUGUGCGGCCGGAACACCAUCCAAGCCUUUCGGAGUGCUGGCAUACCGCUACUGGAAGAAUGCGCGCCGCAGAGCGUAAAUGUGGUUCACUGCGACGCAGCGACAGCGAAACUUUUGGCUAAAUUUCCAGAAAUUUUCGAGGAGAAGUUGGGGUGUUGCAAGGGGCCGCCCGUGAAACUACACAAAAAGGAGGCCGCUGUACCACGCUUUCUCAAGGCUCGACCAGUGCCGUACGCGCUUCGGGAAAAGGUGUCUGCCGAAAUUGACCGCCAAGUACAGGAGGGAGUGCUUUCACCAGUGAGAGUUUCCGAGUGGGCUACGCCCGUCGUGCCCGUAGUGAAGCGAAACGGUGAUAUUAGACUGUGCGGCGACUUCAAGCUAACCGUUAAUCAGGCGACACAUCUGGAACAGUACCCGUUACCGAAAAUUGAGGACAUCUUCGCAUCUUUGUACGGGGGGGAGUUGUUCACCACUUUGGAUUUGCGGCAUGCGUAUAAUCAACUUCCACUGGACGACGAGGCACGAGAAAUGGCCGUGUUGAACACGCACAAAGGGUUGUUUGCAUACAACCGCCUCGCGUUCGGAAUUGCAUCGGCUCCGGCUUUGUUCCAGCGCCGCCUCGAGUCCGUUCUGCAAGGCCUGCCGCGCGUCAAGGUGUACUUGGAUGACAUCAUUAUAGCCGAAAAGCAGAACGACAACUCAACUCUCCGGCAAGUCUUCGAGCGGCUGCGCGACAAUGGACUCAAGUUGAACCGUGACAAAUGCAGGUUCCGCGAGAAGCAAGUUUCGUUUCUGGGCCACAAGAUCGACGCAACUGGCCUGCACCCUCCUGAGAAUAUGGAAGCCAUCACCGACGCACCAAGGCCGGAGACGGUGAGCCAGCUAAAAUCCUUUUUGGGAUUGCUCACUUAUUACGCCAAGUUUUUACCUAACCUUGCAACCACGUUAGUCCCACUCUAUAGGCUGCUGGCUAAAGGAGUUCGAUGGCAAUGGCAAGCCGAACACGAGAAAGCCUUCCAGGCAGCCAAGCGAGCUAUGGUGGCAGCGGAACUACUCGUGCACUACGACCCCGAAAAGCCGUUGCGGCUUGAAUGCGAUGCCUCGCCAGUUGGAGUUGGCGCGGUGCUGUCACACCGAAUUGGGAAUACAGACUAUCCCAUAUCGUUCCGUUCGAGGGCACUGACACCUGCUGAGCGGAAUUACUCGCAAUUGGAGAAAGAAGCAUUGGCUUUGGUGUUCGGCGUUACUAAGUUUAGAGAUUACCUGUUGGCGAAGCAUUUUACUCUGGUGACGGAUCACAAACCAUUGACAGGACUGUUUCACCCGGAGAGGCCGAUACCGCAAAUGGCAGCAGCGAGAAUUCAACGAUGGGCAUUGCUACUGUCGGCUUACCAUUAUGACCUCGAGUACCGCCAAGGACAGCUAAAUGCUAACGCAGACGCUCUCAGUCGCCUUCCACUGCCGUGCUUAGGUGACCGAGGAGGGCAAGAACCCAUGGAAUACGUGCUUUAUACGCGGAGCCUAAAUUCCAUGACCCUUUCCGCUCAGCACUUAGCGGAACUGAGCCGAUCGGACGAUACGCUGCAUCAGAUCAGGGGGUGGAUCACACAUGGCUGGCCGCGGCAGUUAUCGGUAGCACAGCAACACCUGAUGCCGUACUUUUCUCGCCGUAACGAGCUCACGGCCUGUCACGAUCUGCUUUACUGGGGCCAUCGAGUAGUGCUGCCAGACGCGGCGCGACGAUGCAUGCUAAAGGAACUGCACGAAAGUCACCCCGGUAUCAGUGCCAUGAAGCGCACAGCGCGAGCGCUUUUUUGGUAUCCUGGACUAGAUAGGGACAUCGAAGUGUUGGUUAAGAGCUGCCCUCAGUGUAUACAAUGUUGGCCCAUGCUGGCUGCGGAAGUUCCGUCUCCAUGGCCGGCGAGCAACAAACCAUGGUACAGGUUGCAUAUGGACUUCGCGGGCCCCAUCAGUGGCUUCCAAGUUUUUGUGUUGGUGGAUGCCGAGACGAAGUGGAUUGAGGCCAUACCUUUGAAGACCGCCACAGCGGAAACGACCAUUCAAGUACUUCAAGGAAAGCCACGUGAAACACAUCAGAACAGCCCCAUACCAUCCUCAGUCAAAUGGUUUGGCGGAACGGGCUGUACGGACAGUAAAGGAAGGGCUUCGGAAGAAUCCGGCAGGUACAUUGCAGGAGCGACUAAUCAAGUUUUUAUUUCGUUAUAGAACGACACCAUUGGAAGGGGGAAAAUCGCCCGCCGAACUGCUGUUGGGCUUCCGUCCCCGAACCAGGCUGACAGCUUCACUGACAGACAAAAAGGUGGCAGAAAAUGAUUGUUCCGGUGAACCUGUUCUAGGAGCAGCAACAACACCA